AGAACAUAUUGUGUGGCUAUCUUAAAAAUAACGUCCGGGAUCCCAGUCAUAGAGGUUUUAAAUUGUAAUCCCCGCAGCCGUAGUGCUCUGAACAUCUAACGGGUACGUUUAACAUACACCCAUAGGACCCAAGGCAUCAACACGAGUUUGAAGACUGAACAUUUUAUUUUUGAUAUGUAUUGAUAAUUGUUAGAAGGGGACAACUCAAUUCUAGACACCGAGUGAGUGUUUGAUGCUGUGUAAACCUACCACGAUAGUAGCCAAGCCUUCUUUCCCCGUGACCAUAGUAUAGACUGCAGAGAUGAAGUCCAAGAAGAAGAAGAGACAGGAUGACUUCCAGAAGGUCAAGUUGAAGGUGGGAAAGACCAAGCCCAAAGCUGACAAUGCCACCAACACCAACUUCCGCUCAAAGGGAAUCCAUCUAAGUGAACAGCUGAAGAGAGACACUGGCCCCACCACACACAGACACCUUGGUAUCAAUGAUCUCCUUUCUCAGCUCCACCAUUACAAUGCCAAUAUUAAACAUAAUGCCUUAUUGGGUUUGAGAGAGUUGGUGUCCGUGAAUCCUUCUGUGUUAGAGCAGCAUCUCUCUCGCCUGGUUUCUGAAGUGGCAGCUGUUUUCACAGACAAGGAUGGCAACGUACGCGUGGCAGCCACACGUGUGCUCAAGUUCAUUGCACAGUCUGUGCCUGCAGAACGGGUGGCUCCAUUUUCGCCCGUCCUCAGUGCCCACCUGUCUUGUGCCAUGACCCACAUCGAAACAAGCAUCCAGGAGGACGCCAUGAAGGUCCUUGAUGUGUUGCUGGAACACUACCCAGCUCUGCUAGCAUCACGGCCUGCAGUACUCCUCACUAACUUCCUAGAGUUGAUCUCUCACCGACAAAGCAGUGGAGGAGCCAAAAAGGCCCAGGAUCCUAAAGGGCGGAACUGGACCCUGUCAGUCAACCCUAGCAGAGCUGUGAGUAGUCAGCAGUGGCGGCUCUCUGUGCUCCUUAGGCUCGGACGUUUUCUGCAGGCAGUAGUUGAGGAAAGACCAGUGGAGGAAAGUGAUAUUUUUAUCCCAACUGAAGGAGUCUUUGGCUCCAGUGGAGGGGGCAGGCUUACGCCUCUGAAUCUCAACUGGGAAGAGCUUACCUACAGCAAGGUCGGGGUGAAGGUGUAUGAGCAUUCUGGGGCCAAGCCAACUCCAAGGUCCACCUUUAGACUCAGACCGAAGGUGGACUCUGGACCUGCAGUGGGUGAGAGUCUGGACUCAGCUGAGGCUGUUCAAAGCUUUGCAGCCACACUGGUGCCUCUUCUGCUGGAAGUAUGGGUAGAAGCCAGUACCAGUGACUGUCCCUGGAACACCACUGAGGGCGCUCACCUGCUCACCCCUGAUGCCAUGUCAGUAAUGUUUCAAGUGUUGUCUAUUCUGCAGCUGCUGAGAAAACUGGCACCACAGCAGGAGCACCAGGAUGCAUUGGAUGCCUGGUUCUAUAAAGAAUACCUGGGAGAUUUUAAGCAGCACUUCAUGAAAAACUUUCCCUAUGAUGCUCGGGACACACCCAAACAUAGAAAGAAGGUUGAUCUCAAAAGGAGUAAGCAGACUGCAGUUGUCCCAGGAUUGACAGUAGAGCCUCUGGCCCUAAACAUCACACUUUGCCAAGUCAUGGUGUCCCUCAGCCAGAGGCAAGGACUCGGCCGAGAGACAGACGGAGACUGGCUGACACCUCUGAGGACAUUUGUCCGAGACACUCUGGGCAGCGGAGUGAAACUGAGCUACAAGCAGCUCCACAUGCUGCUGGGUACUGUGUGGAAGAUGGUGCUCACACAGAGGAACAAAACAGUGACAGAUGACCUGUUGGCAGCAGUGUAUGUCUACUAUAAGCAGAGGAACCUGACUCUACAGACACGAUCUCUGCUGCUGUCUUUCUACAGCAAGCUCUACCUGCAAGAGCAAGGACAUACACACAUAGCGAGGAGUAAGGUGCUGUGUCGUUGGUUGGCAUCUCUUCCUGUGCAGUUGUCCCAGCUGGGCCACCGUAACCCUGCUCUGUCUGCACGACUUAUCCUGUCGAUCCAGGCUGCCGCUUCUCGAAGACACAAAGACCUGCUCAAGAGUCUGCAGACAAACGCCUGCAAGCUCUACGAUCCGCAGGAAGGAGUUGUGGUGCUGUUACCAGCAGAGUCCCAGCAACGAAUGGUGCAGCUGCUCUACUUUCUACCCAAGAUGUCCCCGUCUCUUCUAGCCAAUCUGAGCUGCUGCUGCACCACUGGACGAAUCUCUGCCGGCCUCGCUGCCUCUCUCAUUCGCAUCGUACACCUUAGGUCAUCCCUGAGUGGCUGGUCGGUUGGUAGCCAGGAAGCGGCUCUGCAGGACGUGGACUACAUUAGCUUCUUGUUCUCCACCCUGACGGGCUUCUCUUCCAUCAAGCUCGCCUCACUGCAGGAGGCUGACGACGAGAGCAUCCUGCCUCCCUCCCCUCUCUCACCUCUCAGCCUCUACCCCACCUCGCUGGAGCAGUUCACACACCACUGGGAUGUUGUUGAGGAAGUCUGCCACUGUCUGGAAACUCUGGGUUCAAAGUCUCAGUGCUUUGACAUCUUACAAAAUGGCAUUUGCAGAUACCUGACCAAGUUAGGGGUGGUGCCUGACAGUAUGGCGGCUGGGCUGCUCAGAGCUGUAUCCAGAUUACUGGACCUGUCUGUCCUUCCCAUUGAGCCCAUGUUGCGCUUCCUGUCUCAGUGCUGCCUAAGCCUGCUGGCUCUGCUCAUCACCCUGGAGCAGGAGUUACCUACAGAAACCAACCACAAAAGGGAGGCAAUAUGGGGUGCUUGUGUGUCAGCGUUGAGCAGCGUUCCUCGACUGCUGCGAAUGGUUCUGCAGUUAAUGCGUGUUGGCGAUAUGAGUGAGGAGGAGCUGCCACAGCUCGGACAGAUCCUGUCGAUGCUGCUGCAGCACACACCGAUCCACAACCAGCUGCUGGCCAAUGCUGCUCUGCUGCAAGAGAUCAUACAACAGCUCACGAGGUAUUCCCGGGGUGCGACCAGGGAGCAGUGGUUGACAGACUUGCUCUACUGUUAUAGUGUCACCGUGGCUCACGGCUCUUCCGCUCGCCGUGGAAACUUGGGCCUUCGAGACAUAUACUGACCCAACGCACACCCCACCAGACCAGACCAGCACCAGCACCUGGUGUGUUACUCAGUUCACCCUCUCAAACAUCUUACAGUGACUUUGACAAACAAAACACUCACAGAGCACAAAAGCGAUGAGUAUAUACAACAACCUUCGGACAGGAAUACAGUGGAGUGACGUGUUUCUUUUUUUAUUGUGAUUGACAAUGAAUACACAUUCAAGCUCCAGUUUCUUUUUCUGUGUGUUAAGCCCGGUAAUUGUUUGUCCUCCUUUUGCCGUAUCCUGUGGCACCUGGCAACUUUUGUUUUAAAAAAAAGCGAAAUAAAGCUAAAUCUAAGCGUG